AGCAGCUCACAUGAAUUGUAAUUUACAAUGCAAACAAGUUAAUUUUAUUCCAGUAAUUUUUCAUAACUUGAAAAAUUUUGAUGCACAUUUAUUAUGUCAAAGUGUAGGAUCCUUCAAAGAUUAUAAAAUAAAAUGUAUACCACAAACCAUGGAAAAAUAUAUUAGUUUUAGUGUAGGAAGUCUUAGAUUUAUUGACUCCUUUGCAUUUUUACCAUCUUCUCUAGAGACACUUGUUGAUAAUUUAACUCAAGAUGGAUUAAAAGGUUUUAAACACUUUCAAACUGAAAUCAAAGAUCAUACAGAACUGUUAUUAAGAAAGGGGGUUUAUCCCUAUGAAUACAUGAACCAAUGGGGGAAAUUUGAAGAGCAACAGCUUCCUCCCAUGCACGAAUUUUACUCGUCACUUACAAAUGAAAAUAUUUCAAUGCAAGAGUAUGAAUAUGCUGUACGAGUUUUCGAAGCAUGUGGUUGUAAGUCGUUAGGAGAAUAUCAUGAUCUAUACUUGAAAACAGAUGUAUUAUUGCUAGCUGAUGUGUUUGAAAAUUUCAGAGAUAUGUCAUUAAAAUGUUAUGACCUUGAUCCAUGUCACUUUUACACCAGUCCUGGUCUUAGCUGGCAGGCAAUGUUAAAAAUGACUGACGUUAGCUUAGAACUCAUGACGGAUAUAGACCAAAUUCUGUUUAUUGAGAAGGGUAUUCGAGGAGGGAUCAGUCAGAUUUCCAAUAGAUACAAAAAAGCAAAUAAUCCUUAUUUAAGUGAGUAUGAUCCCACAAAAGAAAAGAAUUUUUUGGCAUAUUACGAUAUAAAUAAUUUAUAUGGUCUGUCGUUAUCUGAUAGAUUACCAAUAGGUUUCUUUAGAUUUUUAUCUGAGGAAGAAAUUAAAUCUUUUGAUGUUAGGAAAAUACCAGAGGAUGGAUCUAAAGGAUAUAUUUUGGAAGUAGACUUAGAAUAUCCAGAGAACUUACAUGAUAGUCAUAAUGACUAUCCUUUGGCUCCAGAAAGAAAAUUUAUACCUAAUGAAAAAUUAUCACCUUACGCACAACGUGUAUUGAAAAAGCUUCAUGGAAAACAAGCAGAUGAUCCAAUACCCCCUAGAGCGAAAGUUGAAAAACUACUCACCACUCUUGAAGAUAAAGAAAAGUAUGUACUCCACUAUAAGAAUCUACAGCUGUAUCUACGUCUAGGGAUGAAGCUGAAAAAAAUUCACAGAAUAUUAGAAUUUCAACAAGAAGCGUUCAUGAAACCGUAUGUUGAGUUCAACACAAACAUGAGAAAACAGGCUAAAACGACCUUUGAGAAGAAUUUCUACAAAUUGAUGAAUAAUUCUGUGUUUGGAAAGACGAUGGAGAAUCUUAGAAAGCAUCGUUCAGUUGAAUUGGUACAUACAGAAAAACGCUUAAGGAAGGUAUCAGCCAAAUCUACCUACAAGCUACAUCGAAUUUUCUCUGAAGAUCUUGUUGGAGUAGAAUUAAACAGAUUGAAAGUAAAACUGAACAAACCUAUAUACAUUGGGAUGACUGUUUUGGACUUAUCCAAAAGGAGCAUGUAUCAUUUCUUUUAUGACCAUUUAAAAGAAUUGUAUUCCGACAAUGUUUCCUUACUUUUCACUGACACUGACUCUUUAUUCAUUUCAUGUAAAUGUGAGGAUCUAUUCCAAGAUAUGUAUGAUUAUGCUCAUCUUUUUGAUACUUCUGACUUUCCGAAAGAUCACUUUUUACAAAGUGAUAUCAAUAAAAAAGUUAUGGGGAAAAUGAAAAGUGAAACCAAUGAAAAAUGUAUUUCAGAAUACUGCGGUCUCAGAUCGAAAAUGUAUGCUUUUAGUUGUGAUGGUAAAGAAGACAAACGUGCCAAAGGUAUAGCAAAAGUGGUUGUCAAAAAAGACUUAAAAUUACAGCAUUAUAAAGAUGUAUUAUUCAAUGAUUCUCAAUUAGUUUCUCGAAUGAAUACAUUUCGCAGCCAUAAUCAUAAAAUUUAUCUCGAAAAUAUUAAGAAGAUUGGACUAUCUUGUUUUGAUGAUAAGAGGUACUUAUUAGAGGAUGGUAUUACAUCGUUAGCGUAUGGACAUUACAAAAUAGAAAAUACUAAUUAGAUAUUUAUUCUAUCAGCUAUGACAGUUCAGAGAAUAUAAAUAUUUCACAGCACACCCAUCAACCAAACAACUUUUUAUGUUUUUUGUUUGUUUUCUCUUCUUUUCCGUCUUAUUGUGCAAGUGUAACCUAAAAAAAUGAAAUAUUAAUGUGUAUAACAAUUAUUCUUAUUGUCAUUAUAUUAAUGUGUAGAACUACUAUUAUUACCAUCACAUUAAUGUGUUUACCAUUUUAAAUGUUUAAUAAAGAGUUUCAACAAUUCUGUCUCAGUAUCUUUUUUAUCUUUAGAAAUGUCUUACCGGAAUGGCGUAAAAGAUACUGUCCUCCCCCUCGAAUUGGUCAUCCUGGUUAUUAUAUAUGGCGACCUAAGAAUGUUAAUUAAGAUGAAUAUGUAAAUGUGUACAUACUAUUAUAUAUCUCAAAUAUUUUACAUUAUUUGCAAUUCAUUUAAAUUAUUGCUAACAAAAGAUGAAAUGUAUUAAUUAGCAUAUAAAUUAAGCAACAGGUGAAAUGUAUGUUAAAGUAUUAAUUAGCAUAUAAGUAUUAGUUUAAUCAACUUACACUCCAGCCUCUUCAGCAGACUGAUAUUAUCUUAAAUUUAAGAUGACUUAUUAAUAUGCAAAGAUGUUAUUUACAAAUAUGAUAUAUUUUUAUACUAUAAAUUAUAAAAUGAAGUGGUAUGGAGUAAAUAUAUACUUUGAU